UUCAAACAGAAAGAAAUAGAUGGAUUAACCGGACCUGUUCGAUUAGAUUCAAAAGGAUUUCGUACAAACUUUGACGUACAACUUAUUGAAUUAAACGAAAUAAAUUGGAUAACAGUCGGUUAUUACAACUACCUCGAAAAGAAACUUCGGAUAACUCGCAAACAAGAAAACAAAGAUCAACAAUCCGAUGAAAAUUCAUUAAGAAACAAAUCAUUUACUAUCAUAACUGUCCUGACACCACCUUACGGACAACUAAAAGACACGACCACACAAUUAUACGGAAACGAUCGUUUCGAAGGGUUCGGCAUCGAUCUAAUCCACGAAUUAUCUUUGAUGUUGGGGUUUAAUUACACGUUCACCUUGCAAAAGGACCGGGCCAAUGGUAAUUACGACCGGAAAAGGAGAAAAUGGACCGGAAUGGUCGGCGCUGUUUUAUCGGGAGAAGCCGACCUUGCAAUCGGCGAUUUAACAAUUACUUCAGAACGAGAAGAAGCUGUUGAUUUUACCUUACCGUUUAUGACUUUGGGUAUUGGGAUUCUAUAUCGAAAACCAAAACCGGUUCCUCCUAGUUUAUUUAUGUUUACAUCUCCAUUUUCUGGUGAAGUUUGGUUGUUGUUGGGAGUCUCUUACCUCUGCGUCUCUUUUAGUUUAUUCGUUUUGGGCAGGUUAUCUCCGGCGGAGUGGAUUAAUCCUUAUCCAUGCACUGAAGAUCCUGAUCACUUAACCAAUCAGUUUAGUUUGAAAAAUAGUCUUUGGUUUGCAAUCGGAAGCUUGAUGCAACAAGGAACUGAAAUAGCACCAAUUGGAAUAUCAACAAGAAUGUUAGCAGGAGUAUGGUGGUUCUUUACAUUAAUCAUGGUUUCAUCAUACACGGCUAAUUUAGCCGCUUUUUUAACCGUAGAAACUUUGGUAACCCCAUUCAAAAAUAUCGAAGAAUUGGCGACACAAAAAGAAAUUAAAUACGGGGCUAAAGCAAACGGCGCAACAGUAAAUUUUUUCCGAGACUCAAAACGAGACAUUCACAAAAGCGUUUAUAGUUAUAUGAUGAACAAUCAAGAUCUGAUGACGAACGAUAACGAGGACGGCGUUUGGAAGGUUGAGAACGAAAAUUACGCUUUUCUUAUGGAGUCGACGUCCAUUGAGUACGUUAUGGAGAAGAAUUGUUCUUUAACUCAAGUUGGACAAAGACUCGACGAUAAAGGGUAUGGAAUAGCGAUGAAAAAGGAAGCCAAAUACAGGCAGUUAUUGAAUUCGGCUAUUUUAAAGUUGAAAGAAAAUGGGAAAAUCACCUCGUUAAAAAUUAAGUGGUGGAAAGAGAAAAACAGUGGAGAUUGCGAUAGUGUUGUUUCUAAAGGAGCUGUCACCGCAUUAACUUUGCAGAACGUUGGAGGAGUUUUUUUGGUACUCGGAGUAGGAACUUUUAUGGGUUUAUUGAUGGUUUUUGUCGAGAUAACUUUUAAAUCCUAUAAAAGGUCGAAAAAAGAAGAAACCAAAUUUAAAGAGGAGAUGCGAGAAGAGAUCGAGUUCUUUUUAAAGUUCAAAAAAUCGGUUAAACCGAUUAAAUUCAGUAAUAAUAGCGUUGAAUCUAACGCAGAAACUGUUGAUAACAUGGAUAAUUUUUAUAAUGAAUCACGAUAAUAAAAAAGUUAUAACAAAAAGUACUUAAAAAAAAACAUCCUACACUUAUAAUUAAUUUUUUUUUCGCUUCAGUGUGUUAAUUAACUCGAUUGAAUCAAUCGAAUCAUGUUGUUAUUAUUUUUGUUAUUUCUAAAUUCUUUGCAUGAAAUUAAAUCAUCGAAAUUGCGUAGGUUUUGGUAAAUUUUAUAUGAAUAAGUAUUUUUAGAUUAUUUUUAGCUAAUUUUAUACAACCAUGUCCGAAUAUGCUUGGGGAAGAAGAUCGUUUAAACGAUUGCCUUCUUUCGCAAACGAAAACCGUUGUUAACACCUUAAAAGAUGGAAGUAAUGAAUUAGAAAUUCCCCCUUUGGACCCGUUGCAAUUGGAUCUUUUACAUUUAUCCUUACACGAUGAUUUCAUUUUUUCUUUACACAAUCUUACAAUUUCCGGUUUAUCCGAUUGUAGUUUUAUGCGGCUUAAGAUUAAUAACACCGAAAAUAAUUUGCAAAUGUCGAUUCAUUUUAAAAAGAUUACAAUCGUGGGGUAUUAUAAGUUAUUAGGAUUUCUUUUUGUAGCGCAAGUUAAUAGUUCUGGUUAUACAUCGAUGGUUUUUGGUGAGAAAAAUCGAUUUUAUUUCUUAAUCUUUAAUUUUUGUGUUUUAGAUGAUGUUAUUUUAAAUGUGAAAAUGCCAAUGAGUACGAUCCAAAGGGAUUCAAUUCCGUAUUUGUUGUUACCAAGAGCUUUCGAUGCAGGAAUCACUUUUUCGGGGGUUUCCGUUGAGUUUGAAAACUUAUUCCCGUCGGAACCUGUUUUAGGAACGAUUGUUAAUAAGUUUAUUAACGAUAAUUUCGAUGAUUUAUUCCAAGUAAUGCGACCAGGCGUUUUGGACGUUCUCAAACACAACCUACACAAAUUAUUCUUUAAAUUGUUAGCUUUUGUCCCUGUAGAUGAGAUAUUUAAGAUGAAAUAAAAAUUGUUUAAAGAU